UUUCCUCCUCAGUCAGUCAGUCUGCAGCAGGACAGAGAACAAGUAUGGCGGCUACCAGUGUCUUCAGACCGGGUCUGUUCAGCCACAAGGUUGCAAUAGUCACCGGAGGAGGCACCGGGAUCGGUAAAGCUAUUUCUGCAGAGCUGCUGCAGCUGGGCUGUAAUGUGGUGAUUUCCAGCAGAAAGGCAGAGAGGUUGGAGGCAGCAGCUCAGGAGAUGAGAAAGAAAAUCCCUCCCUCCAGUCCUGCAAGCAUCACUCCUCUAACAUGUAACAUCCGCAGCGAGGAUGAGGUGAAAGCUCUCGUGUCUUCAGUGCUGAAGCAGUACGGCCGCAUAGACUUUCUGGUGAACAACGGAGGAGGUCAGUUCAGCAGCCCAGCAGAGCACAUGUCCUCCAAAGGCUGGAAGGCCGUUAUAGACACCAACCUGACUGGAACCUUCCACUGCUGCAAGGAGGUCUACUCUGCAUGGAUGAAGCAGCACGGAGGUGUAAUCAUCAACAUCAUCGCUGACAUGUGGAAAGGCUUCCCAGGCAUGGCCCACACGGGAGCAGCCAGGGCAGCAGUGGACAACUUAACCAAGAGUCUGGCCAUCGAAUGGGCACCUUCAGGAAUCCGAAUCAACGCCGUUGCACCUGGUACAAUCUUUUCCAAGACUGCGAUGGAGAACUAUAAGGAGUUGGGGCCACAUAUUUUCAAGAUGUCUGUUCCAUUUAGUCCUGCAAAGAGACUGGGAGUGCCAGAAGAGAUUUCAUCAGUAGUGUGUUUCCUGCUCUCUCCUGCUGCCUCCUACAUCUCUGGAGCCACACUGAGAGUCGAUGCAGGACAAAGCCUGUACCACUCCAUGUGGGAGAUACCUGACCACACUGCAUGGGCUGAGCCUCCAGAGGGGGAGAACCUGGAUGCUCUGAAGGAACUGCUCAACCCAAAAAGCAAACUCUAAUAAAAUUUUUCUGACAUGCAAAGCUCAGAAAAACACAUGAUCAACACGCGUCAUGGACACUGAGCAGCAAACACCACAAGCAUUGUCACUGCAGUGUGUGAUUUAUUCUGAAAAUUGUGUACAUAAUUGUAUGUAAUUAGUGGCAACAUGACUGUAAUUUUGUGGAUGAUGAUUUGUAACAUGUAUCUGGUGAAAUAUACAGAGAAUUUUUCUUCCAGUGCCUUUGAUAGUAAAUUUAUAAUUAAAGACAUUUUUUUUUCAAUGUAACUGAAAUAUGUGAUGUACAAAUUGAGAUAAAAGAUGGAGAGGCAACUGCAAAAACACAACAAUUAUAAAUAUCAAUCAUUUCA